UCUGAGACGCGCCACUGCAGCGCACUUGGUCCCACUUUGAUAUCCGCAGGAGCGAAUCAUCCUGACACCAUGUCAGUCCGCGUGUUGGAAGUUCUCUUCUUCUUCUACUUCGCCUCCCACAUUCCGAUCACUCUGUUCAUCGACCUACAAGCGCUGCUGCCCGAACAUGUGUAUCCUCAGCCGCUGAAGGACCUUCUGCAGUGGUACGCGCAGGAGUUCAGGGACCCCAUGGUGCUGGAUCCGCCACAAUGGUUCCAGUCUUUCAUUUUCUGCGAGGCUUUGAUUCAAAUGCCGUUUUUCCCGGUUGCAGCCUACGCUUUCCUGAAAGGUGGCUGUAAGUGGAUCCGGACUCCUGCCAUCGUGUAUUCCACACAUGUGGCCACCACGCUGGUCCCCAUCCUAGCUCACAUCUUGUUCCACCAGUUCCCUACGAAACCCCAUGCUGGUCCCCAGACCCCGAAGGAGCGCUGGCUACUGGUCUCCAUAUACAUCCCAUAUCUGCUUGUGCCCCUGCUGCUGCUCCUCACCAUGCUGCUGUCCGCCACAUACAACUCCACCUCCACCUCCACCUCCACAUCAAGACACAAGUCAGCCAAAUCCAAGAAGAACUGACAGCACCACCAUUGAAUCCACCCUUCUGUUAGGAAGAGGAGUCAGACUGCAGCCCACUAUUAUUAGAAACAACUUCCCUAUUGUUAAACCAGCCACAUUUAUCACUACGUGCCUUAUACUAUUACAAAAUAAUGCAUAAAGUGAUAAUUUACUUUAAAAGUGAACGUUUGUUGAAUUUCUUGUGUGUGUUUUAUCAGUACCAAAAGUAAAUGAAUAACCUUAUAAAGGCCUGAAUGAAAUCAGGAUAUGCCAGUAGUUCUCUUGGUAUGUACUUGUGCAUAUAUAUAUAUAUAUAUAUAAGGUAUAAAGUAAGUUGCCCCUGGUUGUUAUUCAGAAGGACUCUGGGACCAACAGCAACAGGUCUGGCAGCCUGUUCAUUCUUGUGUAUAUCUGAUAACGGUAGAGUUGUAAAGUCUGAAUAUUCUUUGAUGAAUCAACAUGAGUUUAAGGGAAUUUCAAAACCUCUAUGUGUACAAAUAUUCUAGUUGGUGAUUGGCGCAUGCCAGUUAACAAAACCAUGAAAAUGUAUCUUAUUAAAAUGUUAUAAAAAGAAAAUAUUGAUGACCUUUCCGAGUGCAGGAAAGUAAAUUCAGUGAAAGUACAGAAAACUGAUAGAAAUGUGGCUGAUCCGCCGUGCUGUGGGACGGUUGACAACAGUUCUGUUGUUUUGGAGCUUUGUGAAGCUUAUAUUAAAACAGAAAUAUUUUCAGUCUAAUGCAAUUAACAUACUUACUCGCAUUUAAAGGUGCAAUACUCGGGAUUUGGAGCAGUGUGACAAUCUUAAAGUAGCUCUCGUCAAUUUGAUGGCCAGUGGCUUAUAUCUAACGACACACUACAGCCCGGGUGCCAAGAGGGGGCAGCAUUAUAGUACCAUAGCACGACGUAUACAGCAAAUAAAUCAUCUUUAAAUGGUCUUCUUUACUCAUGUUGAUCACAUAAGGACACCAGUAUUAAAUUGAGUUUCACAGCA